UUUAAUUGACGCAUGCGCCACACAUUACUAUCAGCUGUCAGAAAGAACUUAUUCGCGUAAAAAACAAAAUUAUUUGUGUCUUUAGAUAAUUCCCGUCAAUAUGGCGGGGCAAAAUCCAGGAUCGCCGACUGACUUUCAGUAUUUUUACGAGGAUGAAGUGUAUAAAAUCAACAACCAUGGUCAAGUCGUCUUCGGUCUGGUUUUGGAGAAUUUUGAAGCCAACUCAAGUGACCAGGAGAGCGACAUGGAAACCGCUAUUCAAAAAGGAGAAAUUCGCGUUGUCUGGCAUCCUUCAGGUACCGAACGGGUGAUUUCGGAGAAAUCGGUAGGCUUAGCAGACCGCUCCUUAAUGCCUGGUGAUGUGGUACGACGUCUGAUCGCUGGCAAGGACACCCAGCGUGGUUAUUGCAGAGAUAUAGUGAUGACAGCUGCAUUACAGAUAGUAGGCACAAAGCAUGUCAUUCCCAAUGUAGCCAGUGAGAGACUGCAGCCGUUGGAAGAGUUUACUCCGGAUCUAGCUGUGUGCCUUGAAUCUUGGGUUGGGACUUCUAAAGCUGUUCACAGUAAACUUCGUCUAGUAUCAGCAGAUGGUUCUCGCUUAGAAUACCCAGAUCUGGACACAUGCCCUCUUGAGGACUAUUCUAUGCGACGGCGUCGUGCUACACCGUACUCCUCAUCGGAAUUCUAUCCCGGACAGGUUGUGUACGGGCCACUUGGAUCACUGGAUAAUGCCAACUGGUUGCAUAUGACCAAGGAAAUGAAGACUGCUCGUAAACAUAAAAUGCAUGAUCAUAAGUUCACGGUGGAAGCUGUGAUGACGGAGAGUGUGAGUGUGCACUGGCAAUGUCGUGCGCUGUGCACGCAUCCCUCGGAUACAGAUGCGCCGCAACAGCCAAAGAUCCUAGUCGAAGGUGAUGAUCUCAAGAAGUUGAAAUUACUGAACGUUUUUGAGCCGUGUACACUGCAGGUUGGUGACCGGAACUUCCUCACAAUCGGCUCGGAGGAUACUUUUGUCAGCAAAAAACAGUGGAGGAAACAGCAAAGUAAAUACUACAGGAAUAUUCGUAAACAAACCCGACCGAUCAAGAAAUCUUCCAAGACUGAUACUAACUCUUCGGAACAAAUACCCUCGCGACCCAAAAAGCGGGCUUCGUCGCAUAGAAAAGUUAAAGUUGCUGAAGUAAACAAUGAAAUGGACGUAGACGGUCGAGAGUACAAACUGGAAUCUCUUGACGAUGCUCUACGGGAAGUCGCGAACUGUCCCAGCAUCAAGAUCGAAGCAACUGGUGACGGGUCAUUACCCCUUGUUAGUAGUAGCCAAGAGGAUACUGCUACUGAGGAGAAGAACGACUCUGGUAUCAGUGGGCUAAGUAAAUCCCACACACGCAGCCCGGAGCCGGCGCGGGAGGAGGGUGCCCUUAACGGCGAGCGAGCUGACCCCAACGACGAUGACUCGGACAACUGGGAGAACACCAGCAGUGACGGAAGCGACACUGACAGCGGUGCUACAUGGUCAUCCCGAUGCUCCUCUGCGGCAUCAGGGUCUGGAAGAGGUGCUAGAUCUCCCCAGCUGGCUGUGAGGCUGCUUCGGGGCAAGAGGUUAAAGAGAGCCGCCAGGAGAGCACCCCCCGCGCCCCCGCCAAGACGCUGUGACCGUGUCGUGGUCGAAACGCUCCAUACCACCAGCCGGGCCAACGUCGUGUGGCAGGACGGAACCAUAGAAAUGGGCAUCCCGUCAACACAACUGUAUCCAAUACACCAUUUGGACGGGCAAGAAUGCUUUCCGGGAGAUUUCGUCAUCAAUGGAGCAGCUAAUGUAGAAGAAAACCAACAAAUGAAGCACAGGGAGUACGGAGUGGUCCAACGGGUAGAUCACCACGGCCGCACGGCGAUCGUUAACUGGUACCGGACCUACACUAGCACUGAUGAGCCUGUGCCCCAAUUGUUGUAUGAAAGUGAGAUGAGCGUGUACGAUCUAAAGGACCAUCCGGACUUCCAAUACCGGCCGGGGACAGUCGUCAUCAGGGUUGCCAACUUCACCGGUGAAGAUGCCAACUGUACUGCUGGACAGGUCAUAGACAACUUCCCAACUGGUCGUGUGAAAGUCUGGUGGGUCGAUGGGCACACGAGUAUGUGCUGGCCACAGGAUCUUUAUAAGGUAGGGGAGUACGACUCUGAGGACGGCGAGUUGUGGGGCUCUGAUGGGUCGGGGUCGGAGGACUCGUGGGAGACUCAGAGCUCUGUCCCGGAGCCCCGCACCCCCGACGUGCUGCCCCCAGCCCGUUCGACUAGUGACGAGCAACCCCCAAUGCCAGUAUUCGCUAGCAGUCCUAGCGAGGAACAAGCCUUUGUUCCGGCGGAGAGUUCUCUCCCCAAGUUGUUGGAGCCCCGAGUGGCAGCGCAUAUCGAGCGGAGUCGACUGGCGAUGCGCCGCCUCGAGGAGCUGUUCGCCAAACAUCCCACGCUGCAGAGCCAGGAGGUAGGCUUUUGUUCAGAUGAGAUAAUGCGAAAAUUGCUCAACUUAUACAAAGACUGUCGAUUUUUGGACCGAUUAAUGGGAACCACAUUCUUUCAUGAGGACCACUUUUUAGGUUUACUAGAACGCGUACGUGAACGCGGUGCGAGCACGCCACGUGCGGGCGAGAGACGCGUGCACGAACAACUGGCACGGCUAUUCGCACCGACCGAAACCGACGAACCCCCAACCGAUCCACCCCUGGAAGAAGUCCUAGAUACAAUAAUGGUGGAUGAGAAGCCGGUUAAACCCAUCAUAGCUGCCAAUGUUACUGUGGAACCUAUGGAAGUAGAAAGCGACUCACCAAAGAAAUCCCUCUUUUUAAACAUCGAACCUGUACAGCCGUCAAGUUCGACCAAUAUUGCUCAAGAUAAUGCUACAGGAGAAAAUGCCAUUGUUGAUCCGGACGGCGAGGGCAGUACGCGGAACGUUUGCCACAAGCUAUGCGCACUAAUACACCGGCAACUUGUGAAGGCGCAUGCCGAAGUCAGCCGGAGAAGGCCGCAAGAGCUGGCCGAAUUCCUUAACAGAUUAAUGAAAAAGCAAAACGUGACUGAAGAGAACUUACCCUACCACUUUUCAAUACAAUACGGUGCACUCGUUGUUAGUAUAGCCAGUCAAGAUGGCGAGCCUAGCGAAGGAAAACCAAAUAAUACAGAGCUCACUGACGCCACUUCUAUCACUGCUCUGAAAACUGAAGAAAACGCGCCAUCACCUUUACCAACGUCAAGUGAAACUGCGCCCUUAGCUACAGCUGAAGGUGACAUCGACCCUGAAGCAAUACAAGAAACACCAGACGACGGCGAAGGGUUCAGUUUACUGGAGUCAGCACCCGUGUCUCAUCGGUUUCGUCUCUCUAUGCUGCAACCUUCGGAGCCGAGGAGUUUCUACUCUGCUGUGAAACGGGAGAUCAAGCUGUUAAAGAGCGACCUUCCAUCUGGGGUAUGGGUACGCGGUUACGAAGACCGUAUCGACCUCAUAUCGGUGAUGAUAGCCGGUCCCUCCCGCACUCCAUACGAAGGUGGAUUGUUCGUGUUUGAUGUGCAAUUGGGAGGGGAGUACCCUCGCGCCCCACCGCUGUGCCACUACCACUCGUAUUGCUCCGACAGACUCAACCCGAACCUGUAUGAAGAUGGAAAGGUAUGCGUGUCUCUAUUGGGCACGUGGUCCGGGCGUGGCGUGGAAGUAUGGGGCAAGGACUCGUCCCUUCUGCAGGUGAUCGUUUCACUGCAAGGGCUCAUAUUGAAUGCCGAGCCGUACUUCAAUGAAGCUGGAUACGAGAAGCAGAAGGGUACCCAACAGGGCACGGAAAACUCGCGCAUGUACAAUGAGAUGGUGCUGUUAAAACUCGUGCAAUCAAUGACGAAGAUGAUCACGAACCCGCCCGAACCUUUCCGCGAUGAAAUACUACAGCACUUGCGCAAUUCCUCCGCGGACUUGUGCCGCCGCUUGGAAGGACUCGUGGCCUUAUCUAACGGCGAACCGACGGACGUAGCUCCGCCGGACUACCCCCUUAUACCCGCUUCUAGAGGCUUCUGUCUCACGCUACGCUCAUCCCUCGAGUCCUAUCGCAACGCUCUGCGUCGCAACGACAUCAACGCACCCCCCUCCACCUUAUAGCCCAGCUUGUAGCACUAGAUAGCUUUAGAAACUAAUUGUACUCUUUAUGGGGUUGCCAAAACUUCUCAUACCAAAUACACUCAGUAUAAGAAAAAUAGUUACUAACAUUACAUUAUCUGCGAUUAUAUAUUUAUAAAAAUGUAUUGCUGUUUUUGUGUCUCGGAAAAACUCGAAAAUGUCUCAACCGUUUUUGCGUCUUUCUUCUUACUAAUCGGGUUGUUGAGUUUAACUUUAACAAGGAAUUUAUAUGGGAAUUGCCACACAAAAAGUGUCACAACUUUGACGUCACAAAAUGCUUUCCCUCUUUGGAUUUCAAUGCCAGAGACAAUCCGGGAUAUUGUAUGUAAAAGAUAGAACAUGUCGUCAGAAACUUUGCAACCAAAAUCUAACUUGUACUUGCAUAUUGGUUAAUAAUAUAACAAUUUCGAAUAUUAUAUUAAUGUUUUUGAGACAUUUAAGAAUUUUGCAAAAUAACAUUUUUUGCUUGUGAUGCGCCAUGUUAGAUUUGUAACUGCAUCAUAUAGCAGGACGCGUGAAAUAUUUCACAGCGAAAUUCGGUUACAUAUACUAAUCGAAUAGAAAUAUUCCAGCUAAACAGCUCGGAGAUAAGGCAAAGUUUACUUUGUGCUGCGUAACGUGAAAGAUCACGGUUUUUAAAUAUGAGUGUGAAAUACGUUUAUAAUUUACAUGAAGUUGGCAACCCCAUGUUAUUAUUGUUAAGCGCGUCAAGCGUUAUCGUUAUCCGCAAUUAGUCAAGGAGCUAGUGGCAGUAAUUUUUUUAAUUAUUACAUUUUCAACUAGAGCCCCAAAUCUGUUAAUCUCUCAGUGGUCUGUCUCUUUUCUAUUAUAACUUACUAAUACAAGUCUGUUAUGAAAAUAGUGUCUCCCAAUAGGCCUUAGAUUGAAAUUUUUUAAAAUUAUAUGAAGCCUAGUUUGUUUGUUAAGGACCACUCGGUCUUAAAAAAAUGACAGGUCAAUAAAAAUAGUGCUAUGCUUUACCCCAGUGAACGUCUAACAAGGCUAAUUCUACAGCUGAGUCAGGGCCAUUGUUAUAAUUGCCAAAAUUAAUUUUUAACUCUCAUUUCCUGUUUGAGAGUAAAAUUAAACAGUUUUAUUUUUUCUCGUUAGUUGUUUUCUGAAUAAAUGGCUGUCUUUAAUUUGGAUUUUUUCCCCAAGAUGGUAUUAUAUGACACUAACCUAAUUUGUCCGCAAGCUCUUUGACUAUAACACCAAAAAGUCGCGACAGUCCAGCUAGUUUCGUCCCACACGCGCCCUGACGCAAACAAACAAACAAAUAUAAAAAACAUUUU